AUGCUAUUUGUUGUAUUCAUCUUCACUUCUCUUUUCCAUCAACUCACCUCGCGGCUCGUUAUUGUUUCCGAUCCACUGAAUACUUUCGGCCUUGAAAAUCAGAAUGUUGCACUUAUCUGUCGUUUUACGUAUUCCAACAAACAAGAAAAUUUCUCCGCGCACUGGUACUACAAUGGAUCCCCAAUCAAAGCCAACGCCGUCCACUAUCAGAACACCUCAGAGUUUCUACCGGAUGGAGUUGUCGUUCACUCACUUAACUUUCCUCUUCUUCGACGUACUGAAGGGAGGUACUAUUUCAACGUUUCUACUUCGAAAUACUGGGUGGCUUCGAAAGAAGCUAAUGUCAAAAUUGCUUUCUUGAAUGAACAGUUUUUAUUGGAACCGCAAGACAAAAUUGUGAGCUUGGGUGAAACUGUUCUCUUGGAAUGUCUACCCCCAACUGGUAUGCCGAAACCAACAGUACAUUGGACUAAGAACAAUCUAACUGUUUCUCCGGAUGAGAGGACACAUAUUUCAGAGAACGGUAAUUUGCGUAUUAACAGAGUUCAGUGGGAAGACCGUGGUAUUUACACUUGCAUUGCAGAAUCCUUCGCAUUCCGCCGCCAGAGUUUGGGGGCUGUUUUAAACGUCCGUCAUCGUCCCUACUUCUUGGAAUCACCUUUGAGCCAGUCUGUUACGGUGCACAGCUCUUUUGAAUUGUCUUGCCGGGCUGCCGGAGACCCCCCUCCGGUUAUUCUAUGGCGCAGGGAACCUGCCUUCUUGGGAGUACCUUUCGAACGUACACAGUUGCUUCCAACUGGUGCACUUCGGUUUAUUCAAGUUAGACUGCAAGAUGCCGGAGACUACAUCUGUCGGGCGGUCAGCCAAGCUGGCAUAAUUGAAUCAAUGGCCCACAUUAACGUUGUAUACCCACCCAGUCUCAUACUGACGCCACCGAGCUCUGUGUCUGUCCUAGAAGGAGAAAGGGUUGUUCUCCCGUGUGCUGCAGUUGGCUCACCCAGUCCGGACGUGAGAUGGAUUCGACUCAAACCGCUCGUGUAUUAUCUUGCUGAGUCCGACCCCGCUGGGCGAAUUUCUGUGACUUUUAAUGGGUCUCUUACCAUUUCUUCCGUACGGCGAGAUGAUGCCUCUCACUAUGAAUGCCGCGCAUCUUCUUCAGUUGGAGUCGCUCGGAGUCUCACCUAUAUUGAUGUAAAAAGUAACCAAAUUCUCGAGCCAGCCAGGUUUGGCGCACUGUCCUCUCGUCGUUUAAGCUUGCGACUAUCAAAAACCACCACUAAUGUGCGGAUUAUCUGCGAAUUCCCGGUUUUUCAAUUUGAAUCUCACAUUCUGAGUUCUGUAUCUUUGCGACAGUUCAGUGUCUCGCGCAGUAAUCUCACUCUUUUUUGGCUGGUUGAAGGUGGCUCACUUUUUUCAAGAUUUGGAAAUACUAAUAGGGCUGUUGUUGAGCAGAGCGGCUCUUUACUGAUCAGAGAUGUCCAAAACUACGAUGAAGGAAACUACACUUGUUUUAUUUUUAACCAUAUCAGUCGGCGCUAUUCCACGUGGACUACGGAGUUGUUGAUCGGUCGCUUUCCUCCUUCAUUGCCCAUGCAAGAAUUUGAUGUAGCGCAGCUUCCUAAACCCCCAACAAAUUUAACUAUUACAAAUGUUGGUGAUGAUUGGCUUUCCGUUCAAUGGGAUGAUGUCGACGAUGGAUCGCAUUUUAUCAGCUAUAAAGUCUUCUAUUUGCCUGUUACCGUUGCUCCUGAAAGCCCGCGCUUUUCUGCUGCAUAUAGAGACUUUCUGUUCUCCGCAUUUGUUCGGCAAACUAGCUUGAACUCGACACCAGUUUUGGACGUUUGGUCUUCUACCACGAGCACAGUGAGACAUAGACAUGCCAGACUAGUCGGUUUACUGCCGGGUAUGGGAUAUUGGAUUGAAGUUAGGAAAGCAAAUCUGUUCGGCCUGAGUCCUGGUUUCUGCUUUCCCAGAAUAGUCUACACAUUGAAUCGAACAUCACAGCGUUUCACCGGUGGUAUAAUGAUAAAUUCCAGUGGGUCUAACAGCUUACAAUCGGGCUACAACUCCAUACUUAUAGGAUUCAGUGCAAGUAGCGACUUUCAACAACUCACCUCUGGUUUUCAAUCUGUCAGUUUCAGCGAGCUUAACCUCAGGAGUCUGACGCCCAACGAGCUUCUAAUGACUUGGGUGACACAUUCCACAAUGAACGUGCUACGACUAAUAAACGGUUUUAAGAUAAACAUCAAACCAGUCCCCAUGUCUCGGUGCCUUGUUACUGCCUCAUCAUCCACAAUCAGCCACUUGCGUUCUUUCCCAUUCAUCAGUCCUAAGGAUCUCUCAUUUAUGCCCAACGCCGAUUUGAAACAAAAGUCAUCUGCCCCUCCAAUUCACUGCAGUCUAUCUACGGAUGUUUUUCUAGAACAAAUUCUACGCAUGUCCACUGAUCUUGCGGCCCAUGACCCAACAGAUGCGAUUGCAAGUGAUCAACCUCUCGCUGGUGAUCCAGUAGAGCAGACUAUCUUUUUGUGGCGAACGGUUUCAGCCACCAGCCCCGUGGCCAAAGCUGUAGGCAGUGGUUUGAUGCCGUUCACGUGUUAUGAAGUUGUUAUCGAAGCCUUCAUGGAUGACAGCACUUACGGUCGUAUAUGGAGUCCUUCCAGUCGUCCAGAGUUGGCUCUGACUCUUGAUUCCUCCCCCACUUAUGCCCCACCACUUGUCGCUGCCGAAUGGCUGCUUGCCGCACCAAAGGACAGCGUCAACCAAUCACUACCAACUUUAAAUAGUGUUCGCCUGAAAUGGAAACCUUUGGGACUUAGGAUGGCACACGGCGCACUCAUCGGGUAUAUGAUUCAUCUCAUAACCAACGAAUCUUACCAGAGUAGAUCGCUGAAGGUUCCUCCUGAUGUUCACAGCAAGGAUGUGUUCGGAAUUAACCCUCACGUUGAGUACUUGAUCUACUUAUCUGGAGUCACUUGCCGAGGUGAAGGGGUUCGUGGACCUGGCUAUCGGCUGCCCCCUGCAGCCUACUUCCUACGAGACGUACACGAGAGCAAGUCCCACACAGCUGGUAUCACAAGACAUGUGUCAGCCGAAUUUCCACCCUGGGCUUACGGUGUCAUCAUAGUUACGCUCUUAUUUUGGUUCAUUGUUGGCCUCUUCAUAACCGUGUGUAACCGAAUUGGCCUGUCAAAACGCCAAACUCAAGAGAAACAUAAUACAUAUGUUGACAGUGAAUGGUAUUGGCCUUCAUUCAGUUAUCCACUGUGUGUACAUCGGCCAAGGUUUGCAAGAAAGCGCUCAGCCGAUUUAUGUGCACAGCAUUUAGUCACCGAGUAUUUGCAUCGCUCAUCCUUAGGGGCUGCUCCUACUAGUCAGUUUGUAGCGGACCGUCACUUACAGCAUGUUUGCAAUCAACAGCUCUAUUUUUCAACAGAAUCAUUUAAUACUGCUGGUUCUCCUGAAGAGUGUAAGAAAUAUCCUGUCUUUCUUAAAUGCAAUUCCUCGGGUGGUUCAGUUGCCAAGAAUGAUCCGUUAUCAGAGCACUUACUAACAACUCGAGAACAUUUAAAGGAUGCCGGCCGCGCAAUACGGUAUGACACUGAGGUGUAUGCUAACAGUGCCUCUUCACUCACCUCGAAUGGAUUUCCGGAUGCUAUCGCUGUCAGUAGUCCAUCUCCCCGUGACGAGUUUAUUACUUCCCACCUUGCCUCCGAUAUUGAUCCUCACCAGUCAACCAAACUGAGGCUUCCGGACUCCAUCGCUAUCCCUUAUCCUGUCGCUCCAUCUCACACACCGGGCGCCAUUUCGUGCUCUUACAUCUCAGGCCUGGUGGUUGAGCCGACUGCAAACAAUGUCCCUGCUGGUUUUCUUACGACUUACAACUUCAGUUCACUUGGGGACGACGAAAUUGUACCGCCGUAUGCUAGCUGUGCCGUUUCGUCCAUUUCAGCGUCAAAUUUUCCAUCUUUAAACCAGGGUGCGCAACCUCACGUGCAGCGAACACCAAGGGUUGAUCCCGGGGAAAAAUUAAUUGCUUUUGGAUAUGGAUCCACGAGCAUGUCCCAGAAUGUCACCAGCCAAUGUCCGUCGACAUCCAGCGAUCGAAACAUGGGAAGUGGUGUUACACUCCGACAUACAGAUGUACUUUCGAGCCUCUCCCCACAGUCGGAAGAGUCUAGUUGCCGAACCACUAUCCAGUCUGCUGCUUGUAGCCAUUUUCUGACAGUCUCUAACUCACUGUAUCCGAUUCCGCCUCCUCCCACCUAUCCUCCACCACCGCCACCUUUAACAGGAUGCCACUGGGAUGAGUUCCCCGAAGACCGCGGCUCUUCAUGCAAAAUAAGCACUCAUUUCCCGUCCUCGAGCGUCUACCUCCCGCAUGGCUCCCCCACCAUCAUGACUUGUGUGUCAACACCUCAGCACACUUCUUUUAGGGCUGCUUUUCCCCAACCCCGCACGGAUCUCAUUCUGGAUUGUCCUGCCCCCUGCAGAUCCGUUGCAUUCGCCCGUACUGCUUCAAAAUUCACAUCCUUGCUCAGACACUUACGAAUGUUAUCUGUCAACACGAUUGUAUCCACUCCGGCCCGUACAAGUACUCCGUCUGCGUAUUUGCGUUCCAACUGUGUGACCAACUCAACACUACCUCGAAAUUACAUUGGCUGUAAUAGCUUGGUCACUGAUGCAUCGGAACGCUCAAGAUAUGUUGAUGAAAGCAUGAAACAUAUGCAGCCUCAUGCAGUCACUAGCUUUGUGUCCGGUUCCUUGUCGGGUACUUGUUCGGGUGUCUACUUGGAUCUGAAUCUCAGCGGCGGGCCUGUUGUUAUGCCAUUCACCGGUCUCGCGACUACCUCAUACACAUCCGAGUUCACCAAUUCAACUGACGAGGUAACAAACUCGGGAACCUAUUGUUCGGACCUGCAAGUCCACGGUGAGCACUUGGAAGUACAUUAAGAUGUUUAAAAGGAACAGCCUACCACAAUCUUAGUAACCAGAAGUACGCUCGACUCACUUCCUGCUUUUCUGCUCACCAGCUGUCACUUUUUGGUCUACAUGAUUGGCUUGACAGCGAACCCAAAGUGCUGAGUUCCAUGUGCACGCAACGAAGUCGGCUCGACACUAAUCCUUUUCUGCCAUAGAUGGUCACUCGUUCGACAGCAUUGUAUACCGUCUACUGAUAUGCGC